UAUGAGCUCAGUUUCGCGAUUCUUCCUGCGUGGGCAUUAAGAGCGGUUCGCUCGAACUCGCCGCGUCCCGUUCAUGUGAUCCGAUCGACUGCUCUUGCGAGUCCGUGUUAGCAGAAAGAAAUUGAAGUAGACAUGCUCUCGUUUUGUUUCUUUUUUUUCUUUCCUUGUUGCUCCCAUGAUUGUAGAGCGAAGCUACCACAUGUGGACAUGCAUCGCUGAUGAUUUUCCGCAGCAGGAGUUGUUUUUAGAGUAUCACAUGGUUUCUAACUUUUUGCACAUCCACUUAUCCAACGAAAAGAAAACAAACUGUUGCGUAUCUCUCCAUUUUCUCUUGUUUUCCAUUGAGACGGUCUCGCGAUUGCUCUCCCUAUAAGUCCAGCUUGAUUUUUAAAUAUUUCCGUGAAUUUGUGAUGAUCUGGCGUUGUCGACUUGGAUCAAAAGCUCAGAGCGGUGAUCGACAAUAGACCCGAUCAUGGGUCUAACAACCCGUGUGCCCGCAGGCCUAGCCCGAGUCAUAAGAGCCCGCAAAGUCAUUCUUGGAUAGGUUUAGACAAGGGCAUUUACCGAGAAAAUUCGGUUGGGCCAAUUUUAACAUUUUUACGUAAAAAUACUAUCAUUGGUGUGCUAGGGCAAAAAUUUAGGCUUGACGUUCCCAUCAAUUAUCACCUCUGCUAUUCAGCAGAUGUCUAACUCAAUUGUCACUCCCCGCAGGCCUAGAUGCCAGUGCUCAUUUUUGUUUUUUUUAUGUGAUUAUCAAACAUUGCUUAAGUUCACUUCACUCCGUCAUUGGACCUUGAUCAUCGACCCUCGGCGGUUCUUUGCUUCCACUGAUGUCAUUUGUCUUCAACUUCAUGGAGAGAAUUAAGACUGGGACGAAAAACUAGUGAAGUUCUGGGAUUUAUGGUGCGGUAACGUUUAUACAUGGAGCAAGACCUGUACUCUGUAGUCUUAAUGUUGGAUAAUUUUCUCGUAUGAUUUUGCCCCGUCGCCAUCAACACAGGACAAAGAGGCAUGGAGUAACGAUCAUUGAAAUAUUAAAUGCUGGAAGAAUUCAGUACAGAUGAUUUGCACAGUUUUAUCUGCAUUUUGAUGAAUCUCUUACUUUGAAGAGUCAUGCAGCAGGAUGGAAACUUUGAUUUUCUUUAACCAAACAGCAGCCUAAUUCAUUCCGUGUUAUAGUGAAAUUAUGGAUUAAAACUGUCUUAUUGGUACAGUUAAUUCUCUGCACAGACCAAGUCCGAGCAUGGCAGCAACCAAGAUGAGUUUGAAGCUUCUUGUCGACAAGAGAAACCAGACCGUGCUCUUUGCCGAAGCCAGAAAGGACUUUGUGGAUUUCCUUUUCCAUUGUCUGGCUUUGCCAGUCGGAACUAUUAUGAGUCUUCUCACGAAAGCAGGCACGGUGGGUGGCUUCGGCAAUCUUUACAUGAGUGUCGAGAAUCUCGGUGACACAUACAUUACACCUAGAGAGAAAGAUGCUCUUUUGAAUCCCAAAGCACAGAGCGCCGGUCCAGAUGUUCUGCUCUUAUUGUUGCCCGAAGCUCCGCCUUCAGUGCCAAUUAACUACUACACUUGUCCUCGCAGUGAUUUAUAUAAUGUAAACAAUUCAUGCCGUAGCUGUGUGACAGGUUCCCCUUCUACAAGAUGUCCUGGUUGCAACGAUAAGAUGAGCAAGAAAAUGUCAUGGGUACCCGGUGGGGAGGGUGGUUAUGUGAGUGGCGUCAUGUACAUGGUGAUGGACGAUCUGGUUGUGAAGCCCAUGUCCCCCAUCUCUGGCAUUACUCUCCUCAAGAGGUUCAAUGUGCACGAAAUCGAGGAUCUUGAAGAGAAGGUGGUCGACUUCGGCUUGGAUGAGGCCAUAAAGCUGUUGAACGCUUCAUUGCACUCCAAAACGGUUCUCACAGACAUAUUCUGCAGGAGGAAAUCAGUGAAACGCUACUCUUCAACUCUAGAAACUAGUCUUUGUUAUAUAUUUGCUUGCUGGGGUAGUUUAUACAUGCUGGUUUGUAAGAUGCUGAUGAAGCUAUUCAAUCCCCGUUGAGAAAUUACUUUCUGUUAUAUAUAAGCUUACUCAGAAAUCAGUUUAUGGUGAUAAUUGAUCCGUGGUCCUAUGGUGUGUAAGACGUAUGUUACCUCUAAUGUACACAUGCUUGUCAAGUUGCACAAAUGUGUUUUAUGCGAAUAGCUCCGUCAGUUCACGAAA